AUCAGCAAGGCUUUACAGUGGCGCUCUGAAGCUAUUUGGAAGGCUAUUACUCGCUACAAUGUUCAGGCUGUAGCUGUGAAUCUGCUGUGUCCAAAUAUUUCGUGGAAGGAUAUCGCAGACUACAGUUUUCUUGCUGAGUUUGACCUUUUACACCACUCACGUGCAGACAUCAGGAGUAAUGAUUGGGCUAAGCCAGCUCAUCGAGAAGCCACAACAAAAUACUUUAAGCUUCUUUGA